AUGUUAUUGUUGCGGUUAACAGCUUUGUAUUGCUUAUUUUCCGUUUGGGCACAAUGUGAAGAGGCUUCAGGGCUAACCGUUGACGUGGAUGCAUAUCGGGAAAAGGUGCGUCGCAUGUUCUAUCAUGCCUACAAUGGAUAUCUUGAUUAUGCUUUUCCUUAUGAUGAGCUGAAGCCAAUAUCAUGCAAAGGGGUCGACACAUGGGGAUCAUUCUCCUUGACAUUAAUCGAUGCGUUGGAUACUUUACUGGUGAUGGGGAACGCUACAGAAUUUAAGCGGGCGGUGGAUCUUGUUUUAGCUACCGUUGAUCCGGAAGCAAAUGUUAAUGUUAGCGUUUUUGAGACAAAUAUCCGCGUCGUUGGAGGGCUGUUAACAGCACAUAUGAUGAGUGGAAGAGUUCCAGGUAUGGAUCUGGAGCCAGGAUGGCCUUGCUCAGGACCUUUACUCCGUCUAGCUGAACGAAUGGCGGAUCGAUUACUUCCGGCUUUUAAUACGGAUACUGGAAUGCCAUUCGGCACUGUAAAUCUUCGCUAUGGUGUCCACAAGACGGAAACACCAAUCACUUGCACAGCCGGAGUUGGGACAUUCCUGCUUGAAUUCGGGGCACUUUCACGGCUAACUGGUGAUCAACAAUAUGAGCAAGCGGCUAUGCGGGCACUGGAUGCAUUGUGGAAAAGCCGGUCACCGAUUGGGCUUGUUGGAAACCACAUAAAUGUACAAACGGGUGUAUGGACAGCCACGGAUUCUGGAAUUGGAGCUGGAGUUGAUUCAUAUUUUGAAUAUUUGGCAAAAGGCGCGCUAUUGUUUCAGCGUCCCCAUUUGAUGAAGCAAUUUUACGAUUACGAAGAAGCUAUUAAUAAACAUGUGAGACAUGAAGAUUGGUUUCAUUGGGUCAGUAUGACGAAAGGAACCACAUCGCUACCAAUUUUCCAAUCUUUGGAGGCGUUUUGGCCCGGGGUCUUGACAAUGGUCGGGAAGGUUGAUGACGCAUCUCGGAUUAUGUUACAAUAUUCAAGUCUUAUUAGACGCUACGGUGUACCUCCAGAAUUUUAUCAUCUUGGUGAUCAGGAGCCAGUUAAUGGCAGAGCCGCCUAUCCGUUACGCCCGGAAAUGGCUGAAAGUCUGAUGUAUCUUUAUCGAGCCACCGACGAUCCUCAUUGGUUGGAAUUAGCUGCACAAAUGGUCGAUACCAUCGAAUCAGCAGCAAAAACAAGUUGUGGCUAUGCGACAGUUAAUAAAGUGCAAGAGCACAGUAUCGAAGAUCGAAUGGAAUCAUUCUUCCUAGCCGAAACGACCAAAUAUCUGUAUCUCAUCUUCGACCCUGAAAACUUUUUACACAAUGAUGGAUCGUAUUCGAGAGAGAUACAAACGACAAAUGGGCCCUGUAUUAUCGAAGCCGGCGGAUAUAUUUACAAUACUGAGGCCCACCCUCUCGAUCCCGCAAUAUUACAUUGUUGUUCCGCCAAGCGACAAGCCGAGCGAGAAUCGAUGACAAAAUUCUCGUCAAAUAUUGAUUUUGUUUCCCUGCUAUACUAUGAUGAUCGUCAUUGGAGCGAGAAAAGCCAAGACAACCAAGAAGAAGUGAAGGAUCAGGAGAAGCACGAUAGCUCUGAUUAUAUUAAACAACAAUACGGAAGUGAAGAUCUCGAAUUCGAGAUAGAUCCAAGCCUCGUCGCGGCAGCUCCAGCUCCCAUGCAGAACAUUUAUGAACGAGUUGAUGUCAAGGAUUUUAUCAAGAAAGCGCGAACCCUCGAUGAAGAAGCAGCAAAGAAGAAGCCUGCCAAAGGGUGGGCAAAGGAAGUACCAAAUUAUACUGAAACUAUCAAAGAAAUCUUUGCGGAGAUUGCUGCAGAAACUGAUUAUUUUACGACGGAACUGCCAAAUUGGCAGCUUUUGACGAAGCUGAUAGAAGCGAGGUCAAAUGCCCGCGACGUUCAAGUGGUUCAGGCUAGGAUUACGGAUGCCUGUGUAGUACUUGAUAACAUUGGAGAUUCGGCAGCCUUUCGUUAUUUUCUGGGUGUCAUUUAUGAGAAACAUAUAUAUCCAAAAUAUUCCAUACCUUACACCCGGGGAGCCGUUUGUUUGAUAGGAGAAGUACCAAUCGAAGCCGAUAAUUAUUUCCGCGAAAAACCAGAAUUCCAAAUAGAAUCAAGCAAGACAAAGAGCAACCGUUCUAAAGAGCGACAAUUCCGCUUUGAACACCCUUAUGAAUUUGAGACUCACGCUGAUAAUCUUCUUCUCACUGCGCCGAUACCUGGAUUCGAAUCGAAAUUUAAUGCACUGGGUUUUAUUUCUCCUAGGGACAAUGGGAGUGCUGCUAUUGAAUCGAUUGCUCAA